UUGUAAAUCCAUAGAAGACCUUAAGAAUCUUGUAUUUUUGGAUUUGAAAGGGUGCUCUAAACUAUGGAAGUCUGUACAUCAAACGGAUACAAUGAUGCUUCAAGAACAGUCAUUGCUUUCCUUACCCCGGUUGUUAAGGCAAUUGGAUCUCGAAAACUGUUACAUCGAGUAUAACAAUGACGUUUGUGUGGCGUUCCAUGCCGAAUCAUAUCUUGACCUAUACAUAGGAGUUAAUCCAUUUGAGUACCUUCCUAGUAACAUUGACUUUAAAAGGCUUCGGAUGCUUAGCUUGUAUUCUUGUACAAACCUGAAGUCUCUCUCAUGUAUUCCAAGUACGCUUGUGGAGUUGCAAAUUGAUUGGUGUACAUCACUGGAGAGAGUAACAUUCGAAUCAGGUCGUUUCGAUCUUCAGGGAUUUGCGUGUGAAUGUUGUUUCAAACUGUCGGAAGUUCAAGGCCUUUUUAAAUUUGUGCCCAUAGCAAAAAUGAAUGAAGCGGAUCUGGGUCACAUGAAAUGGAUCAAAGCAUAUGAAGAUCAUAAGGUGGACUUGGUCGGUGACGAGGUUACAAAAGGAAGAGAUUGGAAUAUCCAGAUGUUGUAUGAAUAUGGUAUAAUGAGCACCUAUCUGCAAGGCGUAAAGGAUAAAAGCAUGCCGACAUAUGAUUAUACAUCAUCAUCUGGUUUCUUAUCCUUUCGUGUGCCUUUCCACCAUGAGAGAAACGAAAACAUGAUCCAAGGGUUGAGUGUAAGUUGCUUAUACAGAUCAUCAUCAUUAGGGUCUAAGGAUAAGGAUAAGUGGCUUUUGUUGGCCAAAAUUAGCAACACAACGAAGGGUAUUACUUGGAUAUACAACCCUGUGGUCUAUUGCAAACCCAAAUUUAAUGAAGAUGUUGUGUGGUUAAGCUACUGGCCAAUCAUAAACAUAUUAGAAGCUGGUGAUGAAGUCGUCGUGGAUUUUUUUUGUCAGCAAGGAACGAUGAUAGUAAGCGGGUGUGGUGUUAGCAUUGUGUAUAUGGGUAGUGAAGUAAAGGAAGAAGAGAAGUGUGUGAAUAACUCAAUGAAAGAAGGAGAAGUGAUCGGAGGAGAUUUGUCUGACUUUGAGGUGACCACAGGAGGCUACUAUCUUUGCCGCCGUGAUUUAUUUUGUUCUGAGACCUCAUAUUGGUUAAAAUGGAUGUUUGGUGAUAAAGCUCACUAUACCGAUUCGCGAGGAUGGAGAAAAGCUCAUGAGUCCGUGCGAGUUAGGGAGCUAAGAGAUUAUUUAAACACCUUUCUCAAAAUAAUUGAGCUGCAUGUUGGCUUUAACACUGAAAGUGAAAUCAACAACAUAAAGAAGGCUGUAUCGAGUCUUGUGGGUGUUGAAUCCGUUUCCGCUCAUAAAGAAAUGGGAAAACUAGUUAUUGCCGGAUACGUUGAUCCUAUAGAAGUGACAACGUGUGUGAGGGAAUUUGACAACUUGAUAGUUGAGAUCUUGUCUGUUAAAAUAGUAUUUGACAAAUAACAAACAUAAGUUUAGAUAUUUAAAGAGGAAAGUAAACAUUAUACAUUCCAC